AUGUCCACUGAGGAAAAUGGAACAGUAAAUAGAAGAAAGCUCGCUCGCAUGCAAAAAGAACCGAAACGCAUCGGAGAACAUCCCCUUUCAUUCACAGACGUUCCCCCGAGAGAAGGCCGUGAGGUGAAAGCAAAGAGAUAUAUCAACAAGAUCGCGCACAGAAGAUUAAGUGAAGCUAAGUCGAAAAAGAAAAGGGAGUUUAGGUCGAGAAGCGGCAUCACGGAACGGCGCGACGUGACGCGGAGGAUCGAGGGAAGAAAAGAGGCCGAGGCGGGAGAUCGGAGAUCCGAAAGCUCAGGAGGAAAUACGCUGGCACGGCAGAAGCGCGGCGGCAAGAUAUCAAGAAGACGGUCGGUACAGGACGUGUGCGCUUUAUCACGAAGAGAAAACCAAGGUCGCGGCUACUAUCAUGGACUACCGAAAGUGAAGCGUAUCGAUUAGAAGAGCGAGCAUAACGCAAUC